CGUUCUUUUACUUGUAGGAGUGCGAGGCAAAUUAAAAGGGCCAUUUUGGAGAACGAAUUUCUGGGUAAUCUUGAAGAAAAUCAAGUGGAAGCACUCGUCUCCGCCAUGUAUCCCAAACAAAUCCCAGCUAAUACACUGGUCAUCCGAGAGGGCGAUAUAGGUUCGCACUUGUACGUGUCGGCGGAAGGAGAUUUCGACAUUUACGAAGGGAACAAAUUCCAAAGAAGUUUCGGACCAGGAGUCGCAUUCGGAGAGAUCGCUCUGUUGUACAAUACGAAAAGACUUCGAUCUAUUAGCGUAAAGAAAGCUGGAAAAGUAUGGGUGCUCGACAGAUCAGUAUUUCUAACCAUAAUGAUGAGAACGGCUCAGGAACAACUGGAGGGCAACAUCCGCUUCCUCCAACGCGUUUCCGUUCUCCAAAAACUUCCAGAACCUAAGGACCACGUGCUCGCGAAGAUAUCCGACCUCAUACGAGUAGAAUUUUUCCCGGCUGGAGCGAAAAUACUGCGGCAGGGCGAGAAGGGUGAGAAAUUUUAUAUAAUCAGCGGCGGCAACGUGCGGAUCACCAAAGACACCGAGUACGGAGGCGAGGAGGAACUAGUGGUCCUCGGAAAGGGAGAUUAUUUCGGCGAAUUGGCUCUCUAUGAUGACGGUGGAGAACGACGUGCCAACGCGAUCGCGCUUGCACCUGGUGUCGAAUGCUUGACACUGGAUAGAACGUCCUUCCUGAACUAUCUGGGCAGUCUGGAUGAGAUUCGUAACAAGGACUGGUUGGCGGAAUACGAGAAGCAAAAGCGUUCGUUGACUCCGAAGAAGUGGACUAACGAGUACGCGAAUUUAACCUUGAUGGACCUUGAGACGAGGGGAACGUUAGGAGUUGGUGGAUUCGGUCGUGUUGAACUGGUCACACUCAGGUCCGAUCCAAAUAAGAGCUUCGCUCUGAAGAAACUCAAGAAGAAGGUCAUGGUCGAGCAGCAACAGCAAGAACACGUGCUGAACGAGAAACACAUUAUGCAAGCGUGCGAUUCUCCUUUCAUAUGCAAACUUUAUCAAACAUACAAGGAUAAUAAAUACGUCUAUUUUCUCAUGGAAGUAUGUCUCGGCGGUGACGUUUGGACGACCCUUCAAAGGAGGCGUUAUUUCGACGACGCCACCGCGCAAUUUAUGGUCGGCUGCGUGGUGGAAGCCCUCGAUCAUCUUCAUUCAUUAAACAUCGUUUAUCGGGAUCUCAAACCGGAAAAUCUUAUGCUCGACACGCGUGGCUACUUGAAGCUGGUGGACUUUGGUUUUAGUAAGAAAAUUGGCCCAGCUAAAACGUGGACUUUUGCCGGCACGCCCGAGUAUGUCGCACCAGAAAUUAUCUUGAACAAAGGACACGACAGAGCGGUGGAUUAUUGGGCUCUCGGUAUCCUAACGCACGAGCUUCUCGUCGGUAAGCCGCCUUUCCGAGGAGCCGAUCAUAUGACGACUUACAACAAAAUCCUGAAGGGUAUCGAGAUGGUUGGUAUACCGAGCAUCGUCAACAAAAACGCUAAUAAUAUCAUCAAAAAGCUACUUCGUUUGAACGCCUCGGAACGACUGGGUUAUCAACGAAACGGGAUACAGGACAUUCGCGAUCACAAAUGGUUUUCCGGAUUUAACUGGCAAGCGCUUCAGAGAUUGGCUCUACCGGCUCCCAUUGUACCAACGGUACGACAUCAACUCGACACACGGAACUUCGAAAGAUAUCCGCCUGACCGCGAUAUUCCACCAGACGAAUUUUCCGGCUGGGACAUCGAAUUUUGAGAAUAAGUUCUCAAUAUAACGAAACUACACGAUAGAUAUAAUAAUUGUACGAUCUUUACUGCGUUAUUAAUCUAAGAAAUGCAUUUGUUAACCCGUUUAUAUUGUUAUAGAAAUAUUAGCUCUUUUAUUAAUUGUUACUAAAAAAAUAAUGACAGAGAUACUAAAAUAAUCGUAUCGACACAAUUUCGAAAUGUAAAAAUGAAUAAGCUGCAUUGUCGAUUAA